AUGGCGAAAGACGUGGAAGGAGCAGAGGGAUAUGCGUCAAGGGAUUACCAAGAUCCGCCACCUACUCCGUUUUUCGACCCGGAGGAGCUCACGAAGUGGUCUUUAUACAGAGCCGUCAUCGCCGAGUUUGUAGCCACUCUCCUCUUCUUAUACGUUACCGUUUUGACAGUCAUCGGCUACAAGAUUUCCUCGGACACUAAGGCCGGAGGCGACGAAUGUGGCGGAGUCGGAAUCCUCGGCAUCGCCUGGGCUUUUGGUGGCAUGAUUUUCAUCCUUGUCUACUGCACCGCCGGUAUCUCAGGUGGUCACAUAAACCCGGCGGUAACGUUCGGUUUGUUCUUGGCUCGGAAGGUAUCGCUGGUUCGAGCGGUGCUAUACAUGGUGGCUCAGUGUUUGGGUGCGAUAUGUGGAGUUGGGUUCGUGAAGGCCUUCCAAAGCGCUUACUACGUGCGUUACGGCGGUGGAGCAAACUCUCUAGCUGAUGGAUACAGCACAGGGACAGGACUAGCCGCAGAGAUCAUCGGAACAUUUGUUCUUGUCUACACUGUCUUCUCCGCCACUGAUCCUAAAAGAAACGCACGAGACUCCCACGUUCCCGUGUUGGCGCCACUUCCGAUUGGGUUUGCUGUUUUCAUGGUACACUUGGCUACUAUUCCGAUCACCGGAACCGGUAUUAACCCGGCAAGGAGUUUCGGAGCUGCUGUUAUAUUCAACGAGUCCAAACCGUGGGAUGACCAUUGGAUAUUCUGGGUUGGACCAUUCAUUGGAGCUGCGAUUGCUGCAUUUUAUCACCAGUUCGUCCUGAGAGCUUCCGGUUCCAAGUCACUAGGGUCCUUCAGAAGUGCAGCCAACGUUUGAAUUUAUCCCACACAAAACCAAAAAAGUGGUUACUGUUAUGUAGUAUUUGGGCACAUGACUUUUUAAAAUAUGCCCUCCUUUCCCCAUGUGUUUUUCAUUUUGGUUACUCUGCUUCUGUUUGUGUGGAUUCCAAUUUAUGAAGUUUUAGUGUUUUACGUUUUCAUGUUCACAGAAUGUCAAUUUACUAAGAAAAGUCAGUUUGCUUGGCUUAUUUUAUCUCGUCCUUUCUAUCCUCAUCGGAUACUUGGAGUAACCAGUAAGAAAAUCAUCCAGAAAU